AUGAUGGCCCAGUACAACAACUCCACACCACACACCAUGGCUGCCAAAGACGAUCUCUACAGCAAAGUCACCCCCAGAAGAAACAGACAGCACCGAACGGGGACAAUCAAACACGGGUCGUCUCUGGAUAUCCUUUUAUCAAUGGGAUUUCCCAAAGCCAGGGCACAAAAGGCAUUGGCAUCCACUGGCGGAAGAAGUGUCCAAGCAGCAUGUGACUGGUUGUUCUCUCAUGUGGGGGACCCAUUCCUUGAUGACCCCCUGCCUCGGGAAUAUGUCCUCUACCUGCGCCCCACCGGCCCCUUGGCUCAGAAGCUCUCUGAUUUCUGGCAGCAGUCGAAGCAGAUCUGUGGGAAGAACAAGGCUCACAACAUCUUCCCACACAUUACUCUUUGCCAGUUCUUCAUGUGCGAAGACAGCAAGAUUGAUGCACUCAAUGAAGCCCUGCAGGCCACAGUGAUGCGAUGGAAAUGCAAAUUCCCUGCUCCCCUGCCUUUAGAACUCUACACGUCUUCGAACUUCAUUGGGCUUUUCGUCAAGGAGGACAGCGCUGAGGUCCUCAAGAAGUUUGCAGCGGACUUUGCUACAGAAGCAGCUUCUAAAGUGGAUGUGCAUGUAGAACCCCAUAAGAAACAGCUGCACGUGACAUUGGCCUACCACUUCCAAACCAGCCACUUGCCCACGCUGGAGAAAUUAGCACAGAACAUAGACGUCAAGCUAGGAUGCGACUGGGUCGCCGCAAUCUUCUCUCGAGAUAUAAGAUUUGCUAACCACGAGACACUGCAAGUGAUCUAUCCCUACAUCCCACAGAAUGACGACGAGCUUGAGCUGGUUCCAGGGGAUUUCAUUUUUAUGUCCCCAGUGGAGCAAACCAGCACCAGCGAGGGCUGGAUUUAUGGCACUUCCCUAGCGACCGGCUGUUCUGGGCUGUUGCCUGAGAAUUACAUCACGAAGGCAGACGAGUGCGGGACCUGGGUGUUUCAUGGAUCUUACUCGAUUCUGAGUACCAGUUCUUCCCCAUCCCCUCUAACCUUCAAUGACGGAGCUCUGGAAAGAAGACAGCAAGAAGAUCAAGGACCUGGGGACACAGGGCCACUCACGAUCAUCUGCCAGACAAUGCACCCCCUGAGAGUAACCAGCCAGCCAGGGCUUCAAAAACGAUGUCUUUUUGUCUGCCGGCAUGGGGAGAGAAUGGAUGUUGUGUUUGGAAAGUACUGGUUGUCCCAGUGUUUUGAUGCCAAAGGAAGGUAUAUGCGUACAAACCUGAAUAUGCCUCACAGCUUACCUCAAAGAAGUGGUGGUUUCAGGGAUUAUGAAAAAGAUGCACCAAUCACCGUGUUUGGUUGCACACAAGCAAGACUUGUUGGUGAAGCCUUGCUGGAAAGUAACACUGUUAUUGAACAUGUCUACUGUUCCCCGUCACUGCGCUGCGUACAGACAGCACACAAUAUUCUGAAAGGUUUGCAACAAGAAAAUAACCUAAAGAUUCGAGUAGAGCCGGGCUUAUUUGAGUGGACAAAAUGGGUCUCUGGUACCACAUUACCUGCCUGGAUACCCGCAGUGGAUUUAGCUGCAGCCAAUCUGUGUGUUGAUACAACCUACAGACCUCAUAUACCAGUCAGCAAGUUAGUGGUUUCAGAGUCUUACGACACGUACAUAAGUAGAAGCUAUCAAGUAACGAAAGAAAUCAUAAGUGAAUGCAAAGGCAAAGGAAAUAACAUUUUGAUAGUGGCUCACGCAUCGUCUCUGGAGGCCUGUACUUGUCAACUCCAGGGCCUCUCGCCUCAGAAUUCCAAGGACUUUGUACAGAUGGUCAGAAAGAUUCCAUACUUGGGGUUCUGUUCCUGCGAAGAAUUGGGAGAGACAGGUAUUUGGCAACUAACAGACCCCCCCAUCCUCCCUCUCACACAUGGACCAACUGGAGGCUUUAACUGGCGAGAGACCUUACUACAAGAAUAG